AUGAGCACCAAAACCCAGCAGGCGACGGGCUCUGGUGCAGCCACCGCUCCGUCGGACGAAGCAUUGAGCAAAGCUAUCGGUGCACGCAUCCGCAUUACGACAGCAGCUCCAAACAUAUCUACCAUCGAAGGUACUCUAUUUACCGCCUGCCCAAUAACAAACCUUGUUGCCAUCAACACUUCCACUCAACCCUCACCAAACCCUACAAGCUCAAUCCAGCCGGGAGAUUACCACAUUAUACCUGGAUCUCGCAUUCAAGCCUUCCAAGUCAUUUCCCCCGCACCAGCUGCCAUCGAUGGAGCUCCUUCGCUCCAAGCUCUAGAGACUCGUGCUCUCAAAGCGCGCGAGGCCAACGCCAUAGCCAAAUUGCAAGAAGCUGAAGCCAGGCGUGGUAAAGGUGUGACGCGAGAGGCACAGGAUAUUUUCGAUGCUUUUAGCCGCACCAUGCCUGCGCGAUGGGACGGCACUAGCAUUGUUGUUGCGGAUGCUGUCGUUAUCGCCAAACCAUAUCGGGUUGAUGAUUGUCGGGCUCUGGUCGCAGGUGAUUCUGCUGCAUUGACUCGUGUCCGCAAAGUGUUGGAAAUGGAACGCAAGAAGAUCGAACUUCGAAACGCAAGUGCCGCGAUCGGAAACAGCAAUCAAUUCGCUCGACAGAAUAGAGACCGAGUUGCAGUACCCAGUCGCUUUGAUAGCUCUCCUGUCCCCGCACCGAGGAAAGGUGGUUAG